AACCAAUGGACUGCAGACUUAGUACAGGAAGUGAUCAGACACUGCGGACAUAGUACAGGAGAUGACCAGAGACUGCAGACAGUACAAGAGAUGACCAAAGACUGCGGACACAGUACAGGAGAAGGACCAGAGACUGCGGACAUAGUACAGGAAAUGACCAGAGACUGCGGACAUAGUACAGGAGAUGACCAGUGACUACGGACACAGUACAGGAGAUGGACCAGAGACUGCGGACACAGUACAGGAGAUGGACCAGAGAUUGCGGACACAGUAAAGGAGAUGGACCAGAGACUGCGGACACAGUACAGGAGAUGGACCAGAGACUGCGGACACAGUACAGGAGAUGGACCAGAGACUGCGGACAGUACAGGAGACCAGAGACUGCGGACAUAGUACAGGAGAUGACCAGAGACUGCGGACAUAGUACAGGAGAUGACCAGAGACUGCAGACAGUACAGGAGAUGACCAGAGACUGCGGACAG